AUGAAGCUUCUUCGACACUCGGAUCUCAACGACAGUGACUUAGGAGAAGUUUUAGAUAGGAGACACAUCAUCUCUCCGGUCUACACCGCCCAAGUUGAGCAGGCCGCCGACUAUCCAAAGUUCAGGGAGUGGGCAAUAUCGACCAAGUCGACUGAACUCCUUGUGGAGGGAAGCUUUGGUCCUUUCGAAAGCCACCACAUCUCAGCAUUGUCGGUCCUGUGCGCCACAUUAACACAGACGCUUUGUGUAAGGGAGAAUUACAUCUCGCUGGUGUUCUUCUGCGGCAGUCAUGUAGAAGACGAUGACGAUAACGACAGUGAUGCUGACAGUGACGCUGACGUGACCUUGGCCGCUGGAGGAGUACUCAUGAUCAAAAGCUUAAUUGCGCAGUUACUGGAGCAGCGCAGCGAUUUUGAACUGACCGGUUUGGACCGCCAAAUCGAUAAGCGACUGGUCGAGGAGAGCGAUCUGGACGAGCUAUGCAUUCUCUUCCGUUGGCUUGUCGAACGGCUGCCAGAGGGCCUGACUGUAGUGUGCAUCAUUGACGGAGUAGUACACUACGAAAUAGACUCUUUGGUCGAUGAAUUGACCAAGGUGUUAGAGUGUCUGCUUGACCUGGUAAGGAAUGAAGACAUGAGAUCACCUGUCAAGGUUCUUGUCACGAGUCCGACGCCGACAGAAAGUGUUCGAGGGUUGUUCGAUUCCGACAAGGAAGAAGAAAGCUUCUACCUGCUUCUGGACUCGAUUGGUCAAGCUACUUAUCUUCCUGAUGAGGUUUCUUUCGGAUAUUUGGACGCAGAUUCCACAUCGGAUGACAGCGACGUUGAUUACCACUCCACCACGUAA